GGCGGUCCUGCACAGCUGUCUUUUGCUUCAACGGUGUUUGCAAUGAACAGACCCAGGGACGCUCCUUGCUCCAGCCCCCGACCACCCUCCUACCUUUCUUCCAGUCGCAACCUUUAGAAUCAGCCACUCACCUAUGCUCAGCCUCCAGGACAGGCCAACACCGUUUUGUGAGCUUAAAUCCUUGUCACUGAUCAACCACAAGUUCCCAGCUUCGUCAGAAUUAUUCCAUCGAGGUGGAGGCCGCCGUCCACCGCCUGUGCAACCUGCAUCUGUGGACACUUACCUCUCUCUGAGCUUCUGUUUCGACAGCAGCAAUGGGACUCUGGACAGUGUGGGCCACAUUUGGCGCCAACUGGCUGAGGAGGAGUGUGAGGGCGCCCAGCGCCUCUUGAAAAUGCAAAACCAGUGCUGCGGCCGCGCCCUCUUCCAGGAUGCGCGGAAGCCUUCUCAACAUGAGCGGGGUAGAACCCAGGACGCUGUGGAAGCCGCCAUUCUUAGGGAGAAGAACCUGAACCAGGCACUAUGGGAUCUGCGCGCCCUGGGCUCUGCCCGCGCGGACUCCCACCUCUGUGACUUCCUGGAGAGCCGCUUCCUGGAGGAGCAGGUGAAACUCAUCAAGAAGAUGGGCGACCACCUACCUGACCAAGCUCCGCAGGCUGGCUGGUCCGCAGGUUGUGCUGGGCGAGCAUCUCUUUGAAAGGCUCACCCUCG